AUAAGGACAGUUUUUCAGAAAUUACUUGACGUACUGGAAAAAAAAAAGGGGGCCAAUCUUAUUCUCAAACUGUUUACUUUUUACUUAUUCACUGUUUUAUUUGACCUUUGUUUUCAGAAUUUGGCUUUAUGCCUAUUGUGUCUAAAUGACAGCCAUAGUUGUUUUCUACAUAAUGACAAAGAAAUUUCUAGAAAUAUAUAAACUUUUCGAAAAAUGCAUAUGAUUCACUUUAAAUGUCAAUUACAGAACAGCCAAAGAUAUGCAGGAUCCGCUAGAAAUAUACAAAUCUUCUAAGAAACAAAACCUGUUGAUAAAAUAUAGUGGCUGGCCCAAAAUGAGAAUAUUGUUGUGUUCACAGCAGACGAGAAGUGGGCGGAGCUACGAGAACACUGGUGUCAAGGAGUGGAAAAAAAGUUCGACGCGGUGACGAGUCUCGAUUUGAAACCGAGUGUCCCCUUAAAAUAGCAAGGAGUGGAACUUGUAACACACCUAUCGUGUGUUAAUCUCUUUUCUGUAUGUUCCUUUUCAGUUACUGGACUGUGCAUUUUUUUUUUAAAUUUCUUGGCCAUAUUACUUAUGAUCAGUAAAUCGAAUCUGAUCUCGUGACGGAACAUAAGCGAGUGUCGCUAAAAAAAAAAAAAAACGAGCGGCCCCGUAUGUGUUCACAGGACGGCACAGGUAACUACUCGUUGAGGCUUAGCGAGGUACCUGCACCUGAAAGCAACAACGUGUGACGAGGGGGGGGAAAAGCUACAGUGGGUCGAGGGGCACUGCUCGUCUGCUUAAUCCAAAAGCUUCUUGUAAGGAUCAGUGACUUCUGUCUAACGAAUCGGAAAAAGAGAUAUGUCAACAGUUGAAAGCAGGUCAAUACUACAAGCACACGCGUGACACACUUCUGUUUCAAGUUUGUUAUUUUCGAUUUCGUCAUAGUAAGCUGCCUAUUCGAUGACUUUAUAAUUAUUGUUGAUAUUAUUUGGAUUAUUUUCUUGAUAAAGAUCUGUGAGUAACAAAUUCAGCGUGUGCCUUUAUUCAUUUUAAUUAAUAUUAUUAAUUUGACGUCAAAGAUAUCGUGUCCUUUUUUCCCCCCAUUAGCUUCUCGUUAACAAUGGCGCGUAAUUAAGUGUAAGAAUUUGAUCAGGAUUAACCGCAAACCGGAUCAACAGGUGUGUGUAUUUAUGCUUUUCGUCCUUCGGCUCGUGUUUUGAUAAGAAAUGAGAAAGCAGGCUGGUAAGCAGGGCAAAUCCAUGUCUUCGUCGAGGCACAAUGCCACGGGGAAUCACGAUAGCGAUGUCCAGAACAUGGGCGAGUCAGACCCCGACGGCGACAAUAACAAUGUCCCACCGGGCGUGAAGAUGGAGACGGCGAUGAGCCUGGAGUUUGCUCACUCUCGCGGUGCCAAGCCCGGCAUUCUUCACCUGGAUACCAUUGAUCUCGUUAAGAAAGAAUAUAUGGAGCAACUGCAGAGGCAGCGCAUGGCGUACGAGGAGGCUGGGCGCCAAGAGGAAUACGACAACGGCCUCCACCUCAGGUCCGCAUCUACGCCCGACGCCGACCAUAACCGCUCGCCCCCAGGCUCGGCUCAGCAGUACAACCUGUACUCCGACCACACGCAAAUCCAGCACGCUCCCAACGACGGCUACCAAGAGUCCUCCCCCGUCACCAUGCUGACCAAUGCCAGCUACAUUCUCUCCCAUCUUCAUGCGGCCGGAGUUUCGCCCGGGGCGUACAUGCCAAACGACCCCCGCGACGACCACGGUCAUCUUGGUGAGGACCUGUCUGCUCACCCUCGGAUAUCUAGUGGCAGCCAUUACGAGCACCAGUUAGCCCAUCAGUUAGUGGAACUGUCGUCCAGUCAGACCCUGACUUUACUAUCCAAUGUCAGUCCCAUGAAAGUUUCAGAUAAAGAAAAUGGCGCCCCGAACUACUCACCCCAGGGAGUGCACCAGUUCCAACAUAACAUGAGACAGAGCCACAACACCAACAACAACAACAACAACAAUAGCCCCAGCACCACCAACAACAACCUUCACAACGGCAACCACCGCCGACAGGAGAAGCUUGAGCAGAUGGAGAGCAUUCUUGAUGACGAUCAAAACAAAGGUCACGGAGGAGUGAAUCAGUUAGGUGGAGUCUUUGUGAAUGGCCGUCCUCUGCCCGACAUUGUACGCUCCAAGAUUGUGGAGCUAGCACACGCCGGAAUACGUCCCUGUGAUAUCUCGCGCCAGCUGAGGGUCAGCCAUGGAUGCGUGAGCAAGAUUCUAGGAAGAUAUUAUGAAACAGGUUCCAUUAAGCCAGGUGUGAUAGGCGGCUCCAAACCGAAGGUGGCGACGCCCAUGGUGGUCAAGGCCAUCACAAAGUACAAAGAGGAGAACCCCACAAUGUUCGCCUGGGAGAUCCGAGACAAACUGUUGAGUGACAACGUCUGCUCCAGUGACAAUGUCCCGAGUGUCAGUUCCAUAAAUAGGAUAGUCAGGAACAAAGCCAAUGACCGCGCCAAGUCAGCGAGCCCGCACGGCAACGAGGGAAGUCCUUCCUGCAUCGGAAGCGACAACAGCAACAUGGGCGGCCACCCGUCCUCCUCUCCGGGCAACGACGGGGCCCAGCGGGGAUCUUCGGCCCCCAACGGCGGCGGCGUCCCAGCUGGUGGCUUCAACAUCAGCAACAUCAUGAGUCCCGGAACAAACACCACCGGCAGCCAGAAGCGGAAAGUCGAUCCCGACACAGUGUCCAGGGAGCACGAUAUGACACCAGAACAUCGCGAACUCGCGAUGCGCUGGCUCGAUCGACCGCCCCCUAAAAUAUCACGCCAGAAUGACGACCUCGACGGCCACCAAGAUGACCAGCUUCAUUACCUGCCCAGCGGCUACCACCCACACCCCGGCGCCCCCAUGUUCCCGGGCAACGGCGGCUUGUCGGGUGGAGACAUCUCUAUCAAGCAGGAGUACCACCUCUCCCCGCCCCGAACUAACGGUGACCAUCUCGGCGGAAGUGGGGCAGCGGCGUACCCCAUGGCCAUCCUUAAAACUCAUCACGGAGGGGGCUCCCCACUCCCCAACUCCUCACCGCACGCGGGGAGCGGGAGACUGGACGCCCCAAACACUCCCCCGCAUCUCAGCAAAGAGGUCAACGGCAGCUCCUCCCCGAACUCCGGCGGGGAGCCAGAGACCGAAUUCAUAGAGCUGACUCCCGUCCCGUCGGCCUCUGGAGGUCACUGUUACCCGACCUUGCCCUCAAUUGGUCAGUUUUCAACGCCCCCCGUGUCCUACGGAGGCAACCCGUCAGCUUACACACAACCCAACCUGAACACGACAGUCCCGCUGGUCUUACCCCAUCAGCACGUGUACAGCCCACCUGUCGAUUACGCCUACACCCCAACGGCUCCCUACUCUCAGUAUCCUGGGACGCCCUACAGUGACCCCAACUCUUGGAACAUCAGAACACACCCGAAUCUUAUAAACUCCCCGUACUACUACACUACUGGCAGCAUGCGCACUGACCCCGCAUCGUCUUCCGCCUCCCCCACCAAAACAUAAUGACGUGGGCUGGUGACGUCACCCCAAAGCCAAAAAGAAAAUUGAAAUAAACAUGACGUCACCUUCACUCCAAAUUAAAAAAAUAUCAAGAAAAAAAAAACUUUCAAAGCUUUUCAAAAGAACCAGAAAGAGGAAAGAAGAAGAAAAAAUGGACAGAGGAAAAGAAAAUUGACUUUGAUUGUUUCAGCCCAUUAGAAGAGUUACACCAUGUCAAUUAGACGCUCCGCGCGGUCUGAAGCGGGACUAUUUCUGUUGGCAAGAGGACUCACGUACAUGUAUUUCAACUGCUAUCCUGCUAUAUGAAUAUUUUUAUAUAUUUUUCCUUAUCUUGUGUUUACGGACGAUGAGUUUAGUCUGGGCCAUAUCCUAAAUAUCACCCCCCCAUCUCCGUACACCUUCCUUUUGACGUCGCCCACGAAUGAUGACUUGCUCACCCCCUUUUGGGGUCACAACAUGAACUCGUCCAGAAGUCUCCUCUUCGCAUAUUGGAUUCAGAGGAAAAGCGGACAUUUUGUCUUUGAGAUAUAUUGCUUUGUAUUCCACUAUAAAUAUUUAUAUUCUAUUUAGUUUAUUAUAUGGAAUUCGAUAAAGAGAUUACAUGUAUCAUAGAUUUAUUAUACAUAUCUAUAAAUAUAUAAAUAUUAUAUAUCGCUGUAUUUCACUGCAAACAUCUGGAUCGCCAGAUCUCCAUUCUGUAAAAAAAAAAAUUAUUUGUUUUCAUCACCCACGUCUCAGUGUAAGGGCACAAAAAUGCCUGCAUCAUAAUUGACACAUGUAUUGGUUCAGACCUACUCCCUGUAGUAGACGUGUGUAUAAUAGUGGUGAAUCCUUUUUGACAUGUCUUUAUUGGACUAUUGUGUGUGACUUUGUUUCCAUUCUACGCUCGUUCAAUAUUGCAUUCUUCUUCUUCAAUUUAUUUGUUUAAAUCCUACUUGAUCCCAGCCAAACCAAGAAAUGUAUUGAACUUAAACAGUAAAUCCUAAACAUUUUUUUUUUUUGUAUUUGUUUCGUUUUACUUCUUAUAUAAUAGUUUUGUACGCCAUUGAGAUUAAUUUUUGGCCUGGUCAUUCAUCACAAUAUGUUGUCACGUGAUGUAAUCAAAUGUAAAUAUGAACAAGGUCAUGUGACACACUGUGAUCCAGGUUUUAUCUCCACUGCAUAAUUCAGGCUUGAGAAAUAUUACAUAGGUGAGUUCUACCAGAUCUGACCUUUGACUUAUUUUGGAAUGCUCAAAAUGAUCUAUACACAUCUAUAUUACUAAAAACAUAAUUCGAUUUUUAUUUUAUUCCAUUUUUUUUUUUUUACUUUUUUUUGAAAUGAAUGCUCAAUUUAAAACUGUAUUGUACAUAUUCUUGUGUUAUCAGUUCAGUCAGUGUUCUCAAGUUGGCUUAUCCUGUUUAUGUUUCCAAUUCAACAGUGGAAUGAGUGUUUCUAGAUUCUUGAUUUUGAAAUCCAAAUUAAGGUAAAAAAAAAAGGGGGGGGGGAAUAAUAUAUUUUACAAGUUUAUCUUGUCAUCCAAUUGACUGAUAUAGUGGUAUCUAUUAGGGCCACAUGAAGGCCGUAGAAAAAAUAGACAGCUGAAUAGAUGCAGGGAUGAAGAUUUUAUUUGAUUUACACAAGCAUUGAGUGAACAUGACAUUGAGUAAAACUUUGGGGGGGGGGGGGGAGAGAAGUGUUCUUAUAAAGUGAAAUAAAUAUUUGACUUUAAAUGUUGAACAAUUAAAGAAAGAAUCUUAUAACAUAAUAAACUUUUGUGUGCCCCUAAUUUCUAAUGAUUCGCCCCCCCCCCCCCGUCCCUCAAGUAGAUUGUUAGACUUAAGUAUGUUUUGGAGUUUCUAUGAUAUUAUUUUGAAUUGAUUGGUCCUCGUGGACCCCAGUACCCAUUAAACAAGUUUACUUCUAAAAAACAAACCCAGAAUGCUUAAGGUCUAUGUUUUCUUUAUAUUCAUUAUUACAUUGAAUACUUUCUUGUAUCUGUGUGUACAUAUAUGAUUAAGAAUCUAUAACUAAAGAACUGAGCUCCUGACGUGAAGGUAUAGCUGAUCAACUUACUCAAAGAGUAUUGAGGUCCACACAAGCCUGUGUAUGUGUGUUAAUAGGUAACUGUGAGGCUAUAUAAGUGAUGUAUCAAUGACAUUUGACAUCAUUGUAUCAUAGACAUUUGACAUUAUCGUUGUUAAAUAUUUACAUGGAUUUAAUGGCGGUUUUUUAUUUUAUUGAAAGAUAUUUGUGUGUGUUUGUAGUCCACUGACUGGUCUAAUUAUAUAAAGAUAUUUAGAAUUCCUUGACUAGUACCUAGAGACCGGUACUUUGCCUGUGGUCACUGCUGGUCAACGUAUCUAAUGAUUUGUUGGAUUUUUUUUAAUCUUAAAAAAAUAAAAAGCAUUUGCCAAGAUUUUGCCAAUUAGUGUGUCCUCCUUAUCUCCGAUUUCCCCAAUCGCCCCCCCCCUUUUUUUUUCAACGCAUUAUUCUUGUGUGUGUGUGUGAAUCAUUCUGUAUGUGUGAGUUUGAAUUUGGGCAUAUAUUUUGUCUUAGGGCAGUGUGCUCCUCUAACCUACGCCCUCUGGAAACUUCUGUUCUACAGUGCAUGUGAAUGCCGCAGAAGUUAUCUUUCUCUCAGACUAAAAGUUAUUCUUUUUAUUGUAAGUAAUGAUAUGAGCCAUGGCGCUUGUGUUUACAAAAAAUGUAGAUUAUCCUCAGAUCUUAAAAGGCUGGUCUCAGUGGAGUUACAAGAAUCACUUGAGGAGAAUCACUUUGGUUGUUUAAAAAUCUGUGGAUACAAUAGUUUGCUUCCCCUUGAAUCCGGCUCCAUUUAGUGUAAAACAAAUUGAAUAACUUCUCUUGUAAUGUAAUAUUUAGUUCAAAUGUUUUAAUAAUCUCCCUUAAUUGGCGCGCGGAGCUAGUGUGCUGAUUCAAAAUUUACUUUUCAAAAUUUACAUAAUUAUUGACUUUUUUUUUUAAUAUUAUUUUUCUGAUGGUAUAAAGUAGUAUUUUAAAAACAGAAACCUGAUCGUCUGCCCAUUUUGUUGAGUGAUUGAUGUUUGUGUGAAGAAUGUUUGUUAAGAUUGAGUUCAAUCUGAAGUGUGUUUGUUGCUUUGUCUUUAUACUUUCUAGAAGUGUUCAUGUCUUUCGAUCACAACAUAAAGGGAGGAGACAUUUUCCCGCCAUAUUGCUUGUCCCAACUUGCCACGUCUGCUGUCUUCACUCAAUUUGCCAGUGAAAACUUUUUAAAAAUGUCAUCUUUGGAGAUUAUUCUAAGCCGCAAGGAGACCAGACAGGGGAAAUGGCGGACUAUUUCUCGUCCUAGCGUUUUGUUUUGAAUGUGAAAUCCAGUUGCAAAUGUAUAGUUCAGUGAUUCCCUGUCACGUAACCACUGAGCGGUGUCCUCGUUGUGACGUCAUGUUCACAUCUUUCAGAGAUUGCCAAUUUGGUCUCUUUUUUUUUUUUUACACAACUGCUCCACAGAAAAACUUCUUGCCAAUAACUCUGUUGUAUUUUUAAAACAUUAUAUGUAUAGAUUGCUUUGUAUUCCAUUAUAUUAUAAUCUAUAUUAUGUGUGUGUGCGUGUGCGUGUAUGGCUGUAGCUUUGGAUUAUCAGAUAUAUGAACUGGCUUUGUCAAAGAGAACUGUUAAAUUGUAUUUUUUUUUCAGCUUUUUCAUUCAAAGUGAUGAACCUUACAUGUCAAUGGAAUCCAGUAUAAUAUAUUCAAAGUAAUUUUUUUUUUUACUUAUUUUGUAACAAACUUGAUAUAAAUGUUGAUCUGCAUGGGAUUACAUUUUUAAAAAAAUGUGAAUUAAACUACAGAAAGUAGAAUGUACAUCUCUAAGCAAUUUAUGUUUAACUUUCUAAAUACAAAAUGUGUUGACCUAGUUUACCAGUAGGCCUACACAAUUAGUGUAUUUUUGCUGACCUACUUUACAAGUACACAGUGUUGUUUUGUUGACCUACUUUACCACUAUACGAUUUCUGUUUUGUUUUGCUGACCUACUUUACCAGUACACAUCUAGUGUUUUUUUUUGUUGCUAAUCGGAAAAGUUUUUCAUUUGCUAUAAAAUGUGUCGUUCAAGAUGAAAUCCUGAUGUUUUGUUGUUUUGUUUUUUUUGUUUUGGGGGAGAACUUCAGUAAAAUUGAGUUUUUUUUUUUGUUUUUUUUUUUUGUUUUAUUUCGUUCUCAAUCUUUCAAAUCUAUCGAACUAGACGUGUCACUAUUUCUACUGUUUAGAAUUCGAGCUGGAACGAACAAAACUAGAAAGAAACAUUUCUACCUGAGGCUAAGAACAAAACUAGAAAGAAACAUUUCUACCUGAGGCUAAGAACAAAACUAGAAAGAAAGAUUUCUACCUGAGGCUAAGAACAAAACUAGAAAGAAAAUUUCUACCUGAGGCUAAGAACAAAACUAGAAAGAAACAUUUCUACCUGAGGCUAAGAACAAAACUAGAAAGAAAGAUUUCUACCUGAGGCUAAGAACAAAACUAGAAAGAAACAUUUCUACCUGAGGCUAAGAACAAAACUAGAAAGAAAGAUUUCUACCUGGGGCUAAGAACAAAACUAGAAAGAAACAUUUUCUACCUGGGGCUAAGAACAAAACUAGAAAGAAACAUUUUCUACCUGGGGCUAAGAACAAAAUACUUGUAUCAUUGUUGAGUACAACUUGAACUCAUUUAGGUCAUUUAUUUUUCCUUUUGUAAUUGUAGAAACGUACAGGUUUUAAUGUUGAUGUUUGUGUACAUGUGAAUGUUGAUUAACGAGCAUACUAUGAAGGCAUGUGUACAAGCAAGAUAUGGCGUUCAAUAAGUGUACUUCAUAUGACGGACAAGCUGUAACUAGAUGAACUAGAAAAAGAAAUGAGUACAAUUUAAAGGCAUUUUAAGUGUAUUUAAUUUUUUAUUUUUUUUUUGUUAUAGAAAGUUGUAAACAUAUCUAAUUAAAACAAUUAGACAAAUUAUACUUUAAAUGACUGGGGAAAAAUAAAUCUAAUAAUACCAAUACAUUGAAUAUUGAGGAAUUAGUUGGAUGUACAUUGAGUCUAUUAAGAAAACUGAUAUGCGAUCUAGGAAGUAAACUCCGCCUACAGUGGUAUCAAAGUAUUCACUUGGUUUUUAAAUUUAACUUCAACAAAAAUUUGUUAAUGGAGACACGUUUUUUUUUUUUGUUUCAUUUAUUUUGUGAUCGUUUUUAGUUGACCACUUUUGUUUCGAAAUCAGAUUUGUUUGUGUGUGUGUGCGUGUGUUGUUAGUGUCACUGUAAAGACAACGCAGUGUCUGUCUUUAUGUCUGUUUUCUUAAGCUGAUAAAGGUGUCCCAUUCACAUGAGUGUGUGUGUGUGUGUGUGUGUGCUAAUGCUGUUAGUGUGAAGUGUAGAACAAAGGUCAUAAAUCCAAUGUGAUGGUGGCUGAGGCAGUUUAUAGCGAUGUGUUAUGAUUUUGAAUAAAUGUUAUUGACAGUC